GACCUGCCUCGUUAAAUAGAUCCGGCCGUGACGGCCAUUCACCUAGUGCGCAAUCCCGAAAGGGAGAAGAGGGCCGAGCGGCGUAUUUGCUGGAGGCGGCCGAAAGCGCGCACGCGCUUCAUCCCGAUUCUAACGGCAGCUGGACUGAGGUUGUCGCGGAGCCGUCGCUGCUUUUUUGCCGGAGAGGCUCGUCGGGAGACAUCCGCCGAUCGAAAGAGGCGGCGCCGUUGACGUCGCGGCUGGUGUUCGGUGCGGGCGGGCGCCCCCGGCUGUUUCCGGAGGAAGGAGAAAAACGCAGGCAGCGAGCGAGCGAGCGACUCCAUCCCCCACCCGCAGGGAGGGAGUGCGGCAGCGGCGGCGCAGACAGGCCCGACGAGGCGGAGGCGAAGGAGGCGCAGUUCGAGUGACCCCCCCCGGCCGCGGCGGCCACCCACCACCACCACCACCACCACCACCCUUACCGCGACGCUCUCCCCGCGCAGAAGGAAGGAUGGCGCUGAAACGCAUCAACAAGGAACUUAGUGAUUUGGCUCGUGACCCACCAGCUCAGUGUUCUGCAGGCCCUGUUGGAGAUGACAUGUUUCAUUGGCAAGCUACAAUUAUGGGUCCUAAUGACAGUCCAUAUCAAGGCGGUGUUUUCUUUCUGACAAUUCAUUUCCCCACAGACUACCCUUUCAAGCCACCUAAGGUUGCAUUUACAACACGAAUUUAUCAUCCAAAUAUUAACAGUAAUGGCAGCAUUUGUCUUGACAUUCUAAGGUCACAGUGGUCUCCUGCUUUAACUAUUUCUAAAGUUCUCUUAUCCAUUUGUUCACUGUUAUGUGAUCCAAAUCCAGAUGAUCCCCUAGUGCCAGAGAUUGCGCGCAUCUAUAAAACAGACAGAGACAAGUACAAUAGGUUAGCAAGAGAGUGGACAGAGAAAUACGCUAUGCUGUAGGGUACAACAGAAUAUCUCGGGAAUGGACUCAGAAGUAUGCCAUGUGAUGCUACCUUAAGUCAGAAUAACCUGCAUUAUAGCUGGAAUAAACUUUAAAUUACUGUUCUUUUUUGAUUUUCUUAUCCGGCUGCUCCCCUAUCAGACCUCAUCUAUUUUUUUUUUAAAAUUUACCUCUAUCCAUUCAUGCACAUGCUCAUCUGAGAAGACUUUAGCUCUUCCAGCUUUGGACAAUAACUGCUUUUUAGAAUUUGUAAAGUAGUUAUACAAGAACAAUUGCCCAAGAUUCAGAAUUCUUUAAAUGGAGCAUGUGUGUUGUGGCCAAUGUCUUCACUCUAACUUGGUUAUGAGAUUGAAAUCAUUUCUCACUGCUCUAACAGUCCUUCUGAAGAAAUCACCCAAAGGGAGGGGAGAUGGAUGUUCAGUUUGCUCACAUCACAGGAAAUAGCAUUGCUGUAGCAUCAUCCAUCUUGUUUUAAAACCUUCCAGUGUUAGAGACUGAGGUUUCAUGACAUACUUGUGCUCAUAACUGGUAUGGUUGGAGAAUUGGUACAGAACUUGUAGCAUCAUCAGAACAGAACACGUGAUGUAUCUUAUGCAUGUCAAUAAAGGAAUGACCAGUUCUUGUUCUACAGAGAAUGGAGAUUGGAAGUCCAACAUCCCUUGUAUUCCAAAAUAGGGUCUCGGAACAUUUUUGUAAUUCUCAUUUAAAUUUUGUUAGGAUGCUUGGAGCUAUUAGUUAAUCUAUCUUCCACAGCAGUUUAAUAUAGCACUGAAUAAAUGAUGCAAGUUGUCAAUGGAUGAAUGAUCAACUAAUAGCUCUCCUAGUAAUUGAUUUUAUUUUCUUCAAUAAAGUUACAUAAACCAAUGAGUUAGCUGCCUGAAUUAAUCAGUAUGGGAAACAAAGUCUUUUGUAAAAGCAAAGGUGGUUUUUGUAUAUACUUGUUGGGAUUUGCCUCAUUGUUUGACAUCAAAUAAUGAUGUGAAGUUAGUAGAGUGAACCUUUUGCCAUGUUCAGUUAUAAUACUUGGUCUGUGUUCAGGUUGACACAUUGAUCAGCCCUGGAAUAUGCAGAAUUAAUAAGCUAACCUAGUAGUGUAGACUUUAGUGAGCUACACAAGGUCCUGGGAACCAAGUUUUCAAUUACAGACUUGGAACUCAGAUGAUAUAUGUACAGGUGUAUUGUGGAGACUUCACCAAAUGCACCCAGCUUGCUAACUGAGAAGCAUUUCUUCGCCUUGUAUACUUGACAGCUGAAAGAUCUUUUUGUGGGAGUAAAGAGGCAAAAUUGCAAAAUAAAGUACUGUUUUGAUGUGGGAAUUGUCAUGAGGUUGUGUUGAAGUGAGUUUUCAAUGUGGGAUGUUUGCUGUCCAAAGGAUUAUCAUGCUACCACCUAUAUUAACAAACAUUUUUUGCUGCAAGGAUCACUAUUUUAGGGUGACUAAAAAUUAAUAAAGUCAUUGCUACAGUA